AUGAGUAAUCAACUUGAGUCUAAUGCCUCAACGGCUGCACCCGAACUGGGCGAUUCGCAUGGUGAAAUUCAGACGGGUGCAGCGGAAGAGUGCAAAAAAGUUGUAGAAGAAGUGACGAGUAAGAAGAAAGAUGAGGCGAUUUCAAUGCAAGGUCUUGAGGAUACGGUCAAAGGGAUUCUGCACGAUAUCGGUGUUACAGACGAUAAAGUCGAACAUCUAAGCGAGAUGAAAGACACGCUCGUUAAAGGUGUUACGGAUUCCAUUGAAAAAGUUAAAAGUGAUCUCACAGGACCAUCCGAACAACCUCAAUCCGAUGCUGCAAAACAUGAUGAAGGUGCUGCUGCGCCAAAACAAAAAGAUGAAUCGUUCAGUUUCGCAUCCGGUAUUGCCGGAGCGUUGAAGAAGCGUUUAAGUGAAGUCAACGAUGAUUAUGAGCCAGACGACAGUCAAGAGGUCAGCAAACCAAAACCAAAAGCAGAACAGGUUCCAAAGGAAGAGGCACCAGGGAAAUCGUUGAGUGGUUUCGCGUCUGGAUUCGCAAGUGCCGUUAGCGAUGGCAUAGAUCAAAUUACAAAGGUUGCUGACGAAAAAAUUGAGCAUUUGAAAGAUACUGUACAACACAAAGACGAACCUAAAGAAGAGAAGGUCGACGAGAAAAAGGAAGACACAAAAAAGGAAGCCGGUAUUGGGGAUUUGGUAUCGGGUCUGGCAGGAACCUUGCAAGGAGGCUUCGAGCAUGUGAAGCAAGCGGUUGAUGAGAAAUUGAGUGAUGUCGGGAAAGAGCAGAAGCAAGUUGAGGAAGAAAGCAAACCCGAAAAGAAAUCGGAGGAAAAACCAGAGUCGCCUCUUGAAGGUUUGGUAUCUGGCAUCGAAGGAGCUAUUCACGAGGGUGUAGAGCACCUGAAAGAAAAGCUCAAGCCUGAAGAAGUCGAGAAGCAUGAGACAGCAGAGGAAGCACCAGCAAAGAAGGUUGAAGUAACCAAACCAGGAUCGGGGUUGGGUGAUCUUGUAACUGGUCUCGCAGGUGCCGUACAAGAAGGUUUUGAUGAAGUGAAAGAUGCAAUUGGUAGCAAGAUGACUGAAAAGAGCCCUGUCGAAACACCCAAAGAAGAUGUUCACAAGGAAGUUGCCCACGAAGACGGAAAGAAAGGCGAAAAAUCAGAGCCAACUCUUGGAGGCAUGGUCUCGGGAAUCGGAGAGGCCAUUCACGAGGGCGUAGAGCAUCUGAAGGAAAAGCUCAGUCCUGAAGAAGUCGAAAAGCAUGAGAAACAUGAGAUAGCAGAGGAAGCGCCAGCGAAGAAGGUUGAAGUAACCAAACCAGAAUCGGGGUUGGGUGACCUUGUAACUGGUCUCGCAGGUGCCGUACAAGAAGGUUUUGGUCAAGUGAAAGAUGCAAUUGAUAGUAAGAUGACUGAAAAGAGCCCUGUCGAAACACCCAAAGAAGACGUUCAUAAGGAAGAUGUCCAUGAAGAUGGAAAGAAAGGCGAAAAAUCAGAGCCAACUCUUGAAAGCAUGGUCUCGGGAAUCGGAGGGGCCAUUCACGAGGGUGUAGAGCAUCUGAAGGAAAAGCUCAAGCCUGAAGAAGUCGAGAAGCAUGAGACAGCAGAGGANAAGGUUGAAGCGACCAAAGAAGGAUCUGGGUUGAGUGAUCUUGUAACCGGCCUCGCAGGUGCCUUGCAAGAAGGUAUUAGUCAGGUGAAAGAGGUGGUUGAUACGAAAGUGGAUACUGUUGAGGAACAUAAGAAAGACGUGGAAAAGCAGAAGCCAGAUGUGGAAGUGAAGCAAGAAACAGAACCACAAGAAAGUUUGCAAGAUUUGAUAACGGGCAUCCGAGGAGCCGUUACCGAGGGAGUGGAGCAUAUGAAGAGUGCGUUCGAUCCGAAAGUGAAGUCUAAAGAAGGCGAUGUUGUUGAGCCACCAAUGAUCAAGAAAACUGUCGAAGAAGGUGUUGAAGUGCCCACACAAGUGGGUCCGUUUGAGCCACAAACUAAAGACGAGUCUGGAAGUGGGCUGAAAAACGUUUUGGAAAAUUUUGGUAUCACAGACGAAAGCAUUCAGAAAUUAAGUGAAAUAAAGGAUUCAUUCGUGAAGGAUGUCAGCGAGAAGGUAGAAGAUUUGAAGAAGGACAUCACGGGAACUGGUGAAGAGCCGAAGAAAGGUGACGAUGAGAAGGCAGAUGAGAAAGAUAAAAAGGAACCUCUCGCAGGAAUUAUGGAGAGUGUGAACAAAGGUGUGCAAGAUUUAUUCUCGUCCGGUGUGCAAGAUUUAUUCUCGUCCGGUGAUUCAGCGAAGAAAGAUGUUGAGAAGACUGCUCAAGCUGCUGCCGAUGAAGUUGGUGAAACAUUUGAAAAGGUCAAAACAACCAGUCUGACAGCGGCGGAAGAGGUAAAAUCACGAUUACCCAAAAUGGAGCAACCAGAAGUGGAACAUCUUGAGAAACAUGAAGAGGUAAAGCAAGCCGUGAAACCUGACGAAUCCGUAUCUCCACCGUUACCACUUCAUGAAGCUAAGAUUGAAGAGCGAACAGGUGAAGAGCAAAUACCUCGAGAACCUAUCGUGCAUAAGUUUGAAAAUCAACGAUCCACAUCUUCGAUGUUGCCUCACAUAUUUCCGAUUAUAUCUAAUCAAGCGACGGAUCAAGAAACAUCUCAAGCCAUUCCAAUCAUAUUCGAAGAUCAACCAGCAGCGUCUAGUCAAACAUCUACCGUAAAGGGGAGUACUGAUGAAUAUCCCGUCAUUAACACGGAACGCGGACCAGCGCAAUCCAUUCCAAUCAUAUUCGAAGACGUACCGGUAAAAUCUGGACCCAAAAUUACGAAGCUCAUUGCAAAUGGCUCUGAUGUGAUCAUAUCAGAUCGCGGUUCUGCACAAAGUAUUCCGAUUGUAUUCGAAGACCCGUCAGCGACGUCUGAUCCGAAAAUCACCACUGUUGGUGCCAACGAGCUCAUAUCGACGAGUCGUGGUCCUGCACAAACUAUUCCGAUCGUAUUCGAAGACGAAUCCGCCUCAAAUGAGUCAAAAUCAAAUGCGCAAGUAAUUCCAGUACAGUUCGUUGAUGACGACGCUCAAGUGAUUCCUGUAGUGGUCGAAUCAGCUCCGAAAAGACGAAAGCAAAAGCCCAUCGAACCGCUGCAUUCACGGACGAUGCCUAUGGCGCUUACGAAUCCUUCGAAGGCGACUGAAGAAACUGGAGCUGACGAAGGUGAGCAAUCGAUUGAAGUUGUCGUUGAGAGUGAUACGGAUGACAGUGAAUCACUGAGUCAAUGUGACUACUGGUCAAAGCGACGUUUCUGUAAACGGAAAUCGUCAUUCGACGAAUUCGCACCGUCGGCUUAUUUGCAGCAAAAGAUGAGCAUGGAUAUUGGUGUGGUGAACACGGCAAAUAUGCCUGAGCAACUGAUACCGCUGCAUGAAGAGUUGAAGCAAUUACAGUAUCGCUACAAAACAGGGCAUCGACGAGACAGUCACGAUAGUCACACAACAACAACGUCAAAUGACAGUGAAAUGCUCAUCGAAACCACGUAUUUUGAUGAACGACAGGAGGAAGGACAGACCGAAGACGCGGACGAAGAAAGAGUUGUUCAGCAGAUUCAGGUUCAUUUCGAAGACACUCCUCAGGGUCAAGGAACUAUGAGGCCUGAUAAACUCGUUGGAUUAGCCACUGCCGACGGAACCGUUCAGUCGGAUCAUCUCGAGAAUUCACCAUCACAACCAAGUAACAGCAAUGAAACACAACAUCCAACAACACUUUCCUCGCAGCAGUCUUUGACGCCAUUGGCUGAGCAACCGCAAUCUGCUUAUGGAACGGAUACUUUUACUGCAACUCUUAUUGAACGACGUCAACAUUUCACCAAGAAAAGUUCAGCACCCCUUCACGAGAAUUCGACUAAAUCGAGUGAAUGUUGGCUACGAAAGGUGAUGAAGCCGAAUGAAUUAGGAGAAACUGAUCGCGAUGAUUCGUACGUUAACGAGGAUGAAGAUAAUGAAUGCGAUCAUAGUCUCUUACCAGAAUUAAUUCCCGAAGAACCCGAUACUCCUAUUCCUGUGAUUUUUGAGGAACACCAGCAAACAUCGAAUGGUGCCUCAAUCGGUGGUCUUGUAGACGAUUCGGAAACUGUUCUUCGAGCUCAGAAGCAGAUUCGCGAUGAAUGGGAAGAAGUCCCUGAUAGUGAAACACAGGACGUAUUGGAUUCAGUGCAAGUACCGGCUGUUCGAGAGCAAGUUCCAUCGACGAUCGUUGAGUCUGUUCCCGAGAGUUUAAUCAAAUUCGACUCUGCACCACCACUUCAUCAGAACGUCACUCCGUCGGCAACUGAAGAAUCCAAUUUGCAGCAUGGCGUUGACGUUCUUAAAACUGACAUCAAGUCCAUGGAAAAACCUAGUGAAGAAGUGAAGCCAAGUGAAACGAAACCUGUGGAGCAAGUCGCGAAAGAAGUGCAGAAGAAGGAGGAUGCAUCUUCACCUUCUUCUGCCCUACCAAAAGCACCACCACCACCAGUGCCUCCAAAAACGAAAUCAAUUGAUAUGAGCACUAAAGAAUUCGAAGAGAAAGUUUUGCACACCGAACCAAAAGACGUUCAAAAAGUUGCCGUUUCAAAGACCACUGAACCUCAACAUCCUGCCGAACCCGAAAAGAAGCCCAUUGAGCCUGUGAAAGCUGCUGUUGUGCAUGAGCACGACAAGCCAUCGAAAAUUCCGAAACCAACGGCAGUUUCGCCGAAAGCCGAGAAGAGGCGAAUAGAAUCGAGCGCACCCGUCGAGGACACUUUCGAAAAACAAGAAGUCUCUCCGUUGUGCACGAAAACGUCGGCAACUACCACAUCGCAUGUUACGACAGUCACCACACCGGUUCCCUCAGAAUCCGAAGCUAAGUCAUCACCACCGAAGGCUGCUGAUGAGUCGAAGAAGCCUUCGGUCACAGCAGCUACCGUUCAACCACCUGCACCCGCAAAAUCAACUCCUUCAAAGGUAGAAGAACAAGAAUCAGCACACGUACCACCCGCACGUGCACCACAACCAGCACAGCAACUAAUCGCUCAACAACCUGAAAUAACGGUUGUUGAUGAAAAAGUUUCACAGCCUAAAACUGAACCAAAACAGCCUCAGCCAGGCGUAAAACCCGUAGAGAAGACUGCGGCCACUGAAGUCACUGCUGCAGCAGAAUCUGUUGCCGUUGCUGCAGAACCAAAAAGCGCCGCCGCUACCACUGAAAAUGUCGAAGAAGCAAAUGAUGAGGCAAGAAAACAAACAAAAAAUUCGUUUUUUUGCUUGUGCAGUGGUGCUUCGGUUCUUUUUCUGGAAAGGAAUCUGCGAAUUUUGAGUGCAUGA